CAGAGAGACACAGAGAGGACAUGAGUCGCUGCAGAGCGGCUCUGUCAGAACGCCACGCAGAAAGAGACCUCUGACAUGCAUCGGUGUCUUGGUCUCCUUUUGAGUUUUGUGUGUAUCAGCCUCGUGAUGACUCUGCACUUCUGGUCACAGGUUCGCACUUGUUGGAUCAGGCACUUGCUGCCGUCAGCCCGUGCGGGACGCCGUCAAGGUCAACACAAGCCCAAUCUGACUCAUGAUGACGUUGGCGAACGGGACAGCGGACUUCUGCAAACCAGCCGUGAAGCCGGAGGUGUUUCCGACCGCCAUCGGCUGUGUGUGUCUGCUCUUCAGCCUGGUCUCCUGCUUCUUGGGUCAUCGAUGUUCCCGGAUGGUUCUGUUCCUCUCUGGGUGCAUGUUUGGAUCAGAGGCCACCCUGGUUUUCUUCUGCCGAGAGCCAGUGCUGUGGGAGCAGCUGGGCCCACAGACCCAGGCCUGCUUCGGACUGGGCAUGGCACUGCUCUGUGGGCUGAGCUCCCUGCUGAUCUCUCCCCUGGGCCUCCUUCUCAGCGGCCUCCAGCUGGGCACCUUGCUCGCCACCUUCGUCCUUGUGGUCCUGGGUCGCUUUUGGAGCCUGAACCCGGACUGGGCUCUGCUCGGUGUUGUCAUGGCGACCAGCGUCGUCACAGCUGUAGUCGCGCUGCUGUGGCAGAAGCUUUUUGUCGUCAUUUACACGUCAGUGCUGGGAGCAACGGCUGCUGUGCUGUGUGUGGAAUACCUGGUGGGGGCGCUCUCUCUACCUGGGCAGGUGUCGGAUGUCUAUGGCUUGAUCGCUCAGCAGCGCCUCUGCUGGUUCCACUGGGCAGUCGCAGGUUGUAUUCCAGGGUUGGCUCUGAUUGGUGCGGUGGUACAGUGGACCCUCACUGCCGGGGAAACAGGACACGCAGAGGUUUUGAAGAAAAGGCGCAUGAAGAAAGCGAAGAAUGUGGAGUCAAGGCGACGACGUCAGCAGCACCAGCGUCCUGCUCCACUGCAACGCUACACAGGAGACGUCCUGGCCCCGAGUUACCUGAGGAUUCUGCAGGAGCAUCAGAGUGGGACGGGCUCUUCCUGCAGCAGCAGCAGCACCCGCGCGCUCAUGGACUUUGAUACCCGAUCCACAGCUCCCCUCGCCUGCUCCCCACGUUUCACUGCCUGAAAGCAGCAGCCACCAUCACCAAAUGAGCCACAAAACAGUUUGCUAUCUCGUUGACAAGUCACCUACAUGAUCUAAUGUUAUGUACCUGGGGAGUGAGUGUGAACUAAAGGAAGAACUGAUGUGCUUUAUAUCAAAGUACAGACAGGCUGUACUCGAUCUCCCUCUGGUGGAGAAAAGUUGCAUCAAACGACAAUUUUCUUGCCAUCUGUGCAAAAUAUGAACUUACAUGCAGGCGUAUUAUGACUUUGUAAUAUACUAUA